UUAUGAAAAUAAACACAACAGACAAAACAAAUUUAAAUUCCUUAACUUCUUCAAGUACAAGUUUGGGUAAUUUAUUUGUUUCUAAUGAUAGAAAUAGUGCAACAUUAACUCAAGAUGGAGUUUCUGGCUCUGUUUUGCUUCUAAUUACUUUUUUAAAAUUAUUUUCUUCUUCAAAACAGGGGAAAAUAACGAAAGAAGGAAAUAAUAUAUUGAGGGUUAAUUAUGAUUACAGCAUUAUGGGAGAUAAACAGAUACAGCUUACUAUUCAUUGGGAUUCUAAAAGUCAUCAGAAAUUGGAUUUUUAUAAUUUCUAUUGGAAAAAGCCUACGGGUUUAAAUUCUUUACAGGAUUCAAUUAAUUUGGGAUCAGAUAAUUCUGUCCACUGGUAUGGGGGGAUGAAUACACACGAACAAUCUUGGCCAAUAAAAAAGAAUGAUUAUAAAUUGACAGAAUUUGUUACUAAUGAUGUUAUUCAAACUGGAGUAACUGGUCAAGAACGUUAUUGGCUUUCAUCAAAAAAAGUUGUGUUGAAUGUUCCUUGGAGUGUUCCGCUUUACACAUCAUUACAAAACAACGAAUUAGACUUACAAUCAAAAUUAGAUGAAGAUUCUUCUUUUUUACUUCGUAACAAUUUCCUUGAAUAUACUUUAGCUGUGCCUAAAGAAUGGGAUAAAAUUUCAUUAAAAGAUUUCCAUCAAGAAUGCUUUGAAUUAUUUUUAGCGGCACCAACUGCACAUCCAAGUUUGGAAAUAAUUAAUAAACCAAUUUGGUCAACUUGGGCUAAUUUUUGGAAGGCUGUUGAUCAAGAUGGGUUAUUAGAAUAUGCUAAACAAAUUUCUGAUAAUAAUAUGCCUAUUUCACAACUUGAAUUGGACGAUAUGUGGACUGUCACAUAUGGGGAUUAUCAAAUUGAUAAACGAAAAUUUUCUAAUUUUCCUGAAAUGUUAAAAAAGCUUGAAAAUGAAUUUGGAAUUAAAAGACUUAGUGCCUGGGUCCACCCAUUUGUUGAUGCUGACUCUGAAGUUGGAAAGGAUCCUGAAUUGCGUAAUAAAUUAUUUGUUAAAAACAGAGAUGGAGAUGUACCUCUUGUUUGGUGGUGGGAUUGCCCUGUUAAGCCAAGAGACCCAUCAAAACCUGUUGGGCCAACAAAUCCCGACAUAAAAGAACCUUGUUCUUAUGUUCUUGAUGUAACAAAUCCAGAAACUCGGGAAUGGUGGUAUAAACAAUUAGAAGCUAUGAAAGCGGAAGGAAUUUGUACCUUUAAAUUUGAUGCCGGAGAAGCUAAUUGGUUACCACAUAAUUAUGUUCUUUAUGAUGGAGCUUAUCCAAAUAGUUAUGGUAAGCAUUAUGCACAUUUUGCUUCUCGUUUUGGUUCUGCAGUUGAAAAUCGUUAUGGAAGUGGUACCCAACAAACUAAUUUCUUUACUAGAACUAUUGACCGUAAUUCUUAUUGGGAUAAAGAUGGGGGGUUGUCUACAUUAAUUCCUUGGGCAUUACAAUCAUCCCUUCACGGUUAUUAUUGGAAUUUGCCAGAUAUGAUAGGAGGGAAUGGACUUAAUCAUAAUGAAAGUAAUAUUCGUGGAGAGCCUCCGGAAGAGGAAUUAUAUAUUAGAUGGACACAAGCGAAUACUUUACUUUUAGCAAUGCAAUUCUCUUAUCCUCCUUGGCAUUCUAAAUAUGGGGGAGAGGUACUUAAUAUUGUUAAAAAGUCUCUCGAAAUUCGAAAGAAAUGGAUGCACUAUUCAAUUAAAAAUGUUAGAAAAUCUGUGGAAGAAAAAGUUCCCGUUAUUCGUCCAAUGUGGUGGGCAAGUGAUGACAAUGAAGCAUUAACAAUUGAUGAUCAAUUUAUGGUCGGAUCUGAUUUAGUUGUUGCCCCAGUAAUUAAAUCUGGCCAAAAAGCUCGAAAUGUUUACCUUCCUGAAGGUAAUUGGCGAAAUGGGAAUAAUGUUUCCGAAGUUGUUAAAGGCCCAACAACAAUUAAAGAUUAUCCGUCUCCAUUGGAUGUUCUUCCUCAUUUCUAUCGCACAGAUUCUGAUGACUCAGGCAAUGGUAGCUCCUCGAUUUUCGGAUCAUCUACAGGAUUAUUUAGUUUAAUAAUUUCGAUAAUAAUUUCUUUAUAUUUUUUAAAUUAA